CUGACCCAGAAAACCGAUUCUUGACUUCGUGACCGUUCAAAGAAACCAUCGGAGUUCCUAUAGAAGCUUAACAUUCACUCAUCCUACUAUCAAUAACGCGAUGUCCGGUCAACCAGGACAAUCCGAAGCUGAACAAAACAUCCAGAUAUGGAAAAUUAAGAAGUUGGUCAAAAGCUUGGAAGCAGCGCGGGGAGCUGGAACCAGCAUGAUCAGUCUCAUUCUACCACCAAAAUCUCAACUUAGUCAAGCCCAGAACAUGCUGGCUCAGGAGUAUGGAACAGCGUCCAAUAUCAAAUCUCGUGUCAAUCGACUUUCUGUCCUCGCAGCUAUCACUUCCACUCAACAAAGGCUCAAGCUCUACUCACGAAUUCCACCGAACGGUCUGAUUGUGUAUUGUGGUACGAUUCUGACGGACGAGGGUAAAGAGAAAAAAGUCAAUUUUGACUUUGAACCUUUCAAGCCCAUCAACACUUCCCUAUAUCUCUGUGACAACAAGUUUCACACUGAAGCUCUCUCUGAGCUAUUAGAGUCUGAUUCUAAAUUCGGAUUCAUCGUCAUGGAUGGUAAUGGCUCACUGUUUGGUACUUUGGCUGGUAAUACUCGAGACGUGAUUCAUAAAUUCACUGUCGAUCUUCCUAAGAAGCAUGGUCGUGGUGGUCAAUCUGCUUUGCGUUUUGCUCGACUUCGUGAAGAGAAACGGCACAAUUAUGUUCGAAAGGUUGCCGAAUUUGCUGUUCAACAUUUCAUCACCAACGAUAAAGUUAACGUUCAGGGUUUAGUGCUGGCCGGUAGUGCGGAUUUCAAGACUGAAUUGAAUCAGAGUGAUAUGUUCGACCCUCGUUUGGCUGUUAAAGUUAUUAAAGUGGUGGAUGUCAGUUACGGAGGUGAGAAUGGAUUCAACCAAGCCAUCGAACUUGCCUCUGAGAGUUUGUCACAGGUCAAGUUCAUUCAAGAGAAAAAGCUCAUUCAAAAAUACUUCGACGAGAUUGCACUCGACACGGGCAAAUACUGCUUUGGAGUCGAAGAUACACUACGCGGUCUCGAACUGGGUGCUGUCGAAACAUUAAUCGUUUGGGAGAACUUGGAUAUCACUCGACAUAGCUUACGAGCAUCUACUGGAGAGACAAUCAUCAUUCAUACAGCUGCGCCACCUCCAACUGCUUCAAACAAUGCUGCUGCUAGUGGAGGCGGUCAAGGUGCGAAUGGUAAUAUAUCUCUGGCAUUGGCACAUCUGAGUGAGAAAGACCGAGAGAAGUUCAUCGAUAAAGCAACAGGUAUGGAAAUGGAACAAGCUGCUGAACCUCAAUCACUCCUCGAAUGGCUUGCGGAGAAAUAUCAAGACUUUGGUGCUGCUCUAGAGUUUGUAACCAACCGUAGUACUGAAGGAUCACAAUUUGUGAGAGGGUUUGGUGGAAUUGGUGGAAUUUUGAGGUACAAGGUAGAUUUUGGACUGAUUGCUGACGCAUUUGAAGAUGGAGAGGAAGGAGAAUUCAUGACUGACUCCGAUGAAUAAGUGGUCCCCGCUAAUCGAUUCCCGAGAUAGCCAUUUGGACUCCACAGAAAACCUUUUUCAGACUUGGUGCAUAUUGCCAAGUUUAUGACCCGGAUGAUGAACAUGAUAAUGUAACAUGAUGAAGGACGGGUAAGAGAAGAAAUAGGUUUUGAUUGCAUAUCGGAAAAACCUUGCUCACUUUCAGCUCUCGAUCAGGACUGAUACCAGUCAAUAACAUUGCUUUUGAGCCCGCCCGCAUGUAUAUCUCAUAGAAAAAAACCUUAUUGUCUUGACUUUUGCCAAACAAAAGCUUGUGUUUCUCUAGUUUGAGUACUUGUUCAUGGGUAUAACUUUAAGCUGGCGUGAAUGUGUGAACCUUUCUUGAAAGGAAAACAAUCUUCCAAAGCUUU